AUGAAUUAGUCUAAUUCUAAAAUAGAAAAACAAAUCAUAUCUCCUAAACAAUAAUGUAUACUUCCAAGUCUUUAUUGUGAUUACAGUGCAAGGAAAAAAUAAAAAUUAAAGACUUAUUUUCGAUAAGAAUAAAGUUCUUCAAUAAGUCCUAAUAAACAGAUUAUCAAGACAUAAAGAGAUCUUUUGAAACAAAUGGAUUCUGAAAGAAAUUCAGAACUUUAUUCUUUUGAAGAUGAAGUUAGCAGAUCUUUUAAAUUUUAAAGAAAGUCAAGAUAGCAUCAAAGAAAUAAAAUCUUGAAUCAGCCAAUUCAAAACAAAAAACCUUUGUUAACAGAUACUACAUAAAUUGAAACAGAUACUCCUUAUUUUAAAGAUAAAGAAUCAUCUUUUAGUUAAUCUAAUGAUGAAAAUGAGGAGAAAAAUGAAAAUAAAAUUGAUUUAAAACUUGAAGGAGAGACUGGAAAAGCAUUAAAAUAGAUAAGCCAUAAAAUAAGUAAUUUUAUGUUUAUCAUUUUUUUCAGAUCAAGAAUUAAAUAAUUCAUUUUAUCAUUUUAUAAAAAAAUCUGAAAAAAUGAAAGAUUUAAUUCAAAAUUUUCAGCAAAAAGACAAUCUAAGUCCAAUUCAUUAUUAUUGCUUAAAUGAUAGCAUAUUUCCAAAAAGAAUUGAAUUAAAUAAAUAAGAUGUUAAAGAAAUUAAUUUAUCAGAUUUAGGAUUAACACCAAAAUAUAUUCCAUUGAUUAGAAAUUUAUUAAGCUAAAAACGUGAUAAAAAUAUCAAAUCAAUUGAUAUCAGUCAAAAUAAAAUUAAUGAAUGGUCAUUAAAGUUAUUAAUUGAUGUUUUCCCUUCAAAAGUCAAAACCAUCAAUUUAUCUCUUAAUUAAUUAAACCGUCGAGGAGCAGUUCUUUUGUCUGAACAUUUAAAAAACUUUGAAAAGUAUAAUACAAUUAUUACUCAGUCUGAGGUUCUUGAAUUUAAAAGGAAAUCAAAUAGGUGAUAUAGGAACUGUAACAAUUUUAGAAGCAUUAAAACCAAGUUUGAAAAUAAAAAAAUUAAAUUUAUCAGACAAUGCUAUUUCUGAUUCCAUUGGCUAUGAAUUAAAAGAAUUUAUAAUAAAAAAUUAAUCCUUAUAAGUUAUAAGUCUAAAUUGGAAUUAAUUAGGCCCUAUAGCUGGAUUAUUUAUAGCAAAAGGAUUAAAUUAUAAUAAAUCAAUUAAGGUAGUUGAUUUAAGUUAUAAUAAAAUUGGAUAGAGUGAUAAUAAUUAUGAAUGUAUUAAGGAAUGGUGUUCAUUGUUAAGUAAUACAUAUACAGAAUUGAUUCAUCUAGAUCUAUCUUAUAAUUAAUUUAAUGAGAAAUAACUUUAAUUAAUUAAUUAUUCAAUUUUAAAGAAUUCUCGUUUAUAUGGAUUACAUGUUGAAGGAAAUAAAUGUUUGGCUCAUGUAGAUCCUUUAGGAUUUAUAUAAUUUCCAUAGUAAAUCAAAGGAUAAUAAAGUAUGUAACCAAAACAUUAAAAUAUUGAUGGUGUUAAUUUCAUACCUAUGUUAAAUGAGAAUGAAAAUGGAUCUGAUUGUUGUUGGAUUUGUUAAGGAUGGAUGGAAUAUCAUUUUAUUUAUGAACCUGAACCAGAAGAAUCUUAAACUGAUUCUAUUUAUUUGCAUUUAGAUUUUUUAGAGUAAAACCAUAUGAGUAUAUUAGUUUCAAACCUAUAUCUAUGAUAACAAGUAAAGAAUUAUGGAAAUAAAUAAGUAAUAAAUUUAACAGUAAUACAGUUUUGGAAGAUUUAACAACAGGAGAAAUAAUUCAUUAAUUAAAAUAUGCUUUUAGUGCUGGUAAGAUAAUUACAAUGACUGCUAUAAAUGAUGCUUAUACAGAAGAUAAUAAGAUUAAGGAUGAUAUGAAAUCAAUUUUAUAAGAAUUAAAUUCAAAGUUUUUUUUCACUUCAUAUUAAAUGUGUCCUCCUAACUAAAAAAUACUUUAUUUUUUUUCAAAUCCAACUGGAAAAGGAAUAUUUAUUAAUCCAAGAUUUCCAAUAAUAUAAUUAAGAUCUAAUGAAAAUAUUGAAUUGAUUAUGGAUAAAGAGAAAGUAUUUUUUUAUCCUGAUGGAUCUCAGAUCUCAUUAUCUCAAGUAGAUCAAGUUAAUUAUUUUUAAACUAAAUAAAUGUUUGUUAUAGAUUAAAAGAAUUAAUAUAAACCUUUAGUAAAAGUAAUUCCUAGAUGUUUAGAAAAUAAAUACUUUUUAAAAAGAUUUGCUGUUGAUGCAUCUAAACAAAAAUCAAAUUUAAUUUAUUGGUAAAAAGAGUAAUCAGCCUUUAAAUCUUAUUAAGGAGACACUCAAGAUGUUUUGGAUGAAUGUUUUUAAUUUGAUUGGACUUGUAUGGGAAUAUAACAUUUUCUAAAAAAUGAAUAAGAAGUAGAAAAAGUAAUUGAGAUUAUGAGAUCACAUUAUCCAAAACUAAAAGAUAUUUAUAAAUAUUAUUCAAGUUUUGGAUAUAAUGUAAAUAAAUAAUAAAAUGGUUAUUAAGUAGAAACAUUCAAUAUUCCUCUAAAUUUAAUUUAUGAUCUAACCUAAGAAUUACUACCUUAAGAUAUAUAAAUUGAAGAAGUAUAAUCUUAAGUUAAUUAAAUUAAAUAUAAUUGUGAUUCUAAAUAUAUAUAUAAUCCAGAGAAGGGUUUUGUUAGAUAUUAAUUUAUUGAAUUUAUUUUUAGAAUAGCUUUAUUAGUAACGAAAUAAAAAUAGAAACCUAAAUAAAUUGUAGAUGAAGUUUAUCGAAUAUUUUAAGUAUUAACAGAAAGAUUUGCAGCAUUUGAUAAUUAAUAGUAAUGGAGAGAAGAACGUUUAUGGACUAAAGAAUGUGGAAAUUUAAUAUAUAUAAAAUAAGGUUUUAUUUAAAGAUUACAUGAUUAUGUUGCAUGUAUUAAAAAUAAGAAAUGGACAUUUAAAUUAAAAUGGAUAGCAUUAACAGAAUUUAUAGACUUUUGUAAUUAAAUGGGAUUUCAAUAAUUUUUGAGUGAAACUUAAUUAAAAAUCAUUUAUAANAAGUAAUAAAUUUAAUAGUACUGCAGUUUUAGAAGAUUUAACAACAGGAGAGAUAAUUCAUUAAUUAAAACAUGCUUUUAGUGCUGGUAAGAUAAUUACAAUGACAGCUAUAAAUGAUGCUUAUACAGAAGAUACUAAAAUAAAAGAUGAUAUGAAAUCAAUAUUAUCAGAAUUGAAUUCUAAGUUUUUCUUCACUUCUUAUUAGAUGUGUCCUCCAAACUAAAAAAUACUUUAUUUUUUUUCUAAUCCUACUGGAAAAGGAAUAUUUAUAAAUUCAAGAUUUCCAAUAAUAUAAUUACAAACUGCUGAAAAUAUUGAAUUAAUUAUGGAUAAAGAAAAAGUAUUUUUUUAUCCUGAUGGAUCUCAGAUUUCAUUAUCUUAAGUAGAUUAAGUGAAUUAUUUUUAAACUAAAUAAAUGUUUGUUAUAGAUUAAAAGAAUUAAUACAAACCAUUAGUAAAAGUAAUUCCUAGAUGUUUAGAAAAUAAAUACUUUUUAAAAAGAUUUGCUGUUGAUGCAUCUAAACAAAAAUCAAAUUUAAUUUAUUGGUAAAAAGAGUAAUCAGCCUUUAAAUCUUAUUAAGGAGACACUCAAGAUGUUUUGGAUGAAUGUUUUUAAUUUGAUUGGACUUGUAUGGGAAUAUAACAUUUUCUAAAAAAUGAAUAAGAAGUAGAAAAAGUAAUUGAGAUUAUGAGAUCACAUUAUCCAAAACUAAAAGAUAUUUAUAAAUAUUAUUCAAGUUUUGGAUAUAAUGUAAAUAAAUAAUAAAAUGGUUAUUAAGUAGAAACAUUCAAUAUUCCUCUAAAUUUAAUUUAUGAUCUAACCUAAGAAUUACUACCUUAAGAUAUAUAAAUUGAAGAAGUAUAAUCUUAAGUUAAUUAAAUUAAAUAUAAUUGUGAUUCUAAAUAUAUAUAUAAUCCAGAGAAGGGUUUUGUUAGAUAUUAAUUUAUUGAAUUUAUUUUUAGAAUAGCUUUAUUAGUAACGAAAUAAAAAUAGAAACCUAAAUAAAUUGUAGAUGAAGUUUAUCGAAUAUUUUAAGUAUUAACAGAAAGAUUUGCAGCAUUUGAUAAUUAAUAGUAAUGGAGAGAAGAACGUUUAUGGACUAAAGAAUGUGGAAAUUUAAUAUAUAUAAAAUAAGGUUUUAUUUAAAGAUUACAUGAUUAUGUUGCAUGUAUUAAAAAUAAGAAAUGGACAUUUAAAUUAAAAUGGAUAGCAUUAACAGAAUUUAUAGACUUUUGUAAUUAAAUGGGAUUUCAAUAAUUUUUGAGUGAAACUUAAUUAAAAAUCAUUUAUAAUUUUGCAAUGUAAACUCAUUAGGAUGAAUUAACUUAAGAUAGACAUUUAAGAAUGUCUACUGUUGAGUUUACAGAAGCUUUAGCUAGAAUAGCUGAAUUUAUUAGUCCAAAUGAAAAUGAUAUGAAUAAUAUUUCAAUUAAUAGAUUGAUACUUCCCUUACAUAUUAAAUUAGAAAACCUUUUAACUCACAUUUUUAUUACUUUAAGAAUUCUUAAGUAUUUAUAUUUAUAUAUAAAGAGUGAAUAACUUUGA